UAGAAAACCCUAUAAAACCCUACAUAUUCUUCCUCUAAACAACUAACAUCCUCCCCACCUUCCCACCACUCUCUAACAACACACACACAAUGUGUACCAUGGAAGACAUGAUGAGCAAUAAGAUCAACCACACAUGCUCUUCAACCUCAAAACCACUCACCAUGCACAAAGACUCUCGCAUCAUCUCCAAGAUCAAGCCCAAGAUCCGCAUAAUUCACAUCUUUGCACCCGAGAUCAUCAAAACCGACGUCGCCAAUUUCCGGGAAUUGGUUCAAAGACUCACCGGAAAACCAACCGAAAAGAAGAAACCGAAAACAAGAAAGGAAUCCCACAAAAGAUCGAAUUUUUCGCCGGUAGGGUUAGAGGUGAGGGAGAAGAUCAAAGGGGAAGAGGAAAUAUGGGUUGGAGCGAAUUCGGGUGGCGGGUUCUUGGGUGGGUUUGGUGAUCUUGAUGGGUUCAUGCAAGAGUUUACUCAGCAUAACCAUGGGUUUGCAGCAGUUAUACCAACUCUUGAUGCACCUACUUUGGUUAAUUCUCAUUUGGAGUAUGGUUUUGGGGAAAGAUCACUGAAUUUUCCUACCUACAGCUAAUUUGGUUCUAUAUUUCUUCUGGUUUUAACUAGGUUUAUUAAUUAUAUUAUAUCUAGUCUUGAUUCACGGCUAAUUGAUUUGAUUAAUUAUUUAUGUUUGGUGUUAUUAAUUUGUCUUUAGUUGACUAAAUCUCUAUGUACCCUUUGGAUCAACUGAUAGUAAACUGGUAUUUUGAGCCAGUAGUUUAUCGGCCGUUUCAGAAGAUAUUUAAUUCAAACAAGAUGUGUAUAAACUAUAAAGUCACUCUUUCCGGAUU